CUCUAGCCAGCAGUGCCACCGGGCCGCUUAGUUCCGCUUGCUGCUCAGCAUCGCUUAGCAAGCCUCCACCGGUUGUCCCCGUCACAUCCUGUGGCAUCCAGCUCUCAAACUCAAGGUGCUCAAGGGGCGCCACGCAUGGCCAUCGUGGUGCAGCUGCCAGAAGGCGAAGUCCGCUUCGUGGCGGUAGACCCGGAGUUUUUUGCAUGUCCUCUUGGGGAAGUUGCUGGUCGAGUCAGACACACCCUCCAUGCCAGUGCCAUCAGGUGCUCUUCUGAUCCAGUUGAGAAACAUGAAACGGAGAUGGAGAUGAUGGAGGAGCUCUCUUCUGCUUUUCAGGAUUUUCACCUCACUGAGGAGGACGAUGUCGAAGAUGUCGAAGAUGUCGAUUCCGUCGAUUACCGGGUACUUUUUCAAGGCCGAGAUCUCGAGCUGGAGAAGGCUUCCAGGGCAUUUCUUUCUACGAUGGAAGCGGGCAAACUUUGCACUGUACGUGUGGUUUUCCGACUGCUGGGCGGCAAAGGAGGUUUUGGUUCAUUGCUUCGAUCUCAAAAAGGAGGCAAAAAGACGACGAACUUCGACGCCAUGCGGGACCUCAACGGCCGUCGCGUCCGCCACGUUAAAGCAGUGGAGCGCAUCAAAGAAUGGCUCGAGAAGAAGAAACGCGAGGACGAACUCGUGAACCUCUUGACCGGUGAAGGUCCUGAGCUCCCCAAACCCACCUCCGAAGCAGAUAGCGUGGACCCUGAGUACUUGCGCAAACUCAAGCGAUCAUCAGCAUCGAGACCCGCUUUGGUGAGUCAAGGAUUGCGGCACCUCGAAGAAGAGCACAAAGAAGUGACGUUGUCCACGGACAGUUGCGACAACUCAGAAACGGGCACACAAGAGACCGCCAAGAGGCUUAGAACGGACGCAGACAAGGCAGACGACGGUGCUGAUUGGAUGGGUGCCAUGAGCGCUCUGAAUGCCCUCAGCAGCGAAGAUGAAGCCGACGACGCUGACGAAGCUGGCCAAGGCGAAAUUCCCGAGGCAUCGUCCGCUGGAGCUUCAUCUUCAAAAUGAAUUGACUGCUUUGAGGGCUGUCCCGGGCCAAUACAGCCAUGCACCGGCAAAGCAUGCAGAUAGACAGAAUAAGAUGCAGCAAGAGGACGGAUCUCGAUGUGAAAUGCUCUGAGCAAGUAGCUCGCUGGGCUGCAAAGGCAUAUCAACUACUGCGCAAACAUUCUGCCAAAACGACCUGCCACACGCGACUGCACAGUUAAAAAGA